CAUAAGCAUGAAUAUAAAUAAACAAAACACAAAAAAGAUAUAAAAAAUAUAUUUUUCAUUUUUUUUUUCAAAUUCUUGGCAUCUAUUUACAUUUUAAAAAAAUGGUUAAAACGUUGACUCUCAAAGUAAAAACAAAAAAUGGCCAAAAAAUAGUAAACAGCCUUACUACUGAAAAUACAAUAAAAGAUCUAAAACAUACUUUAAGUACAGUAUCUAACAUUUCUGCUGAUUACCUUCAAGUACUUUAUGGUUUCCCACCAACCGUUAUGGAUAUUAGCGAGGAUGAUGUAAAAUUAGAGAAUAGUGGAUUAGCAACAGGAGACACCCUUAUAUUACAAGAAUUAUCUACAGCUUCAAAGACACCAAACAAUAAACCCACAGCUGCCUCAGAAACUGAAGCAACUACCAAAGAAUCUGAUGAAUUACCUGGUCUAUUAUUAAAACAAGUUGUACCUGCUGACAACUCUUGCCUGUUCACCAGCAUACACUUUGUAUUAAAUGGAAAAAUAGAUGACAGUGGAGAGGCGGCACCAUCAUUAAGAAAACUAGUGGCGGAAUUAAUUAGGAAUGACAAAGUCAAUUUCGAUGAAGCAAUUUUAGGAAAAUCCGUUGAUCAAUACUGUACCUGGAUUCAAAACGACUCGUCUUGGGGUGGCGCUAUUGAAUUGGCAAUUUUAAGUAAUUACUAUGGUAUUGAAAUUGCUGUAGUAGACACUACUAAUGCUAUUGUAAAUAGAUUUGGGGAGGACCAGAAUUACCCAGUUCGAGUUCUUCUGAUGUUUGAUGGAAUCCAUUAUGAUCCUUUAUAUUUGGAACCUGCUGAUGGCGGAAAAAUUCAAACAAUGUUUGAAUCCUCAGACGACCGAAUUUUAUGCGAAGCGAAAACUUUAGCCCAAGAAGCAAAAUCUAGUAGACAGUUCACGGACGUCAAUAAGUUUACCCUUAAGUGCCUGGUGUGUAAUAUUAUGAUGAAAGGACAGACAGAAGCUCAGUCGCACGCGCAGCAAACCGGACACGCCAAUUUCGGAGAAGUUUGAUAAAGAAAACAAUACUAUUUUGUAGAAGUAAUAUACUAUGGUUGCCUUUUAAGUACUACUUUUAGAAUGAAAGCGUUUCAAUUGUUGCAUGACGUUGAAUAGCGGGGAUGAAUAGGUUAUAAGAUACAUAUUGUGGUAAUUUUUAUUCUUGUCUGAUUAGAUCGUGAUUUGAAAUAAAUUGUGGCUUUAUUUA